AUGGUGAAGAAACUGAGGAUGAAUAAUGAGAGCUAUAAGUUCAUAAUGAAAGCACUAAGUGAUCAUGGGAGGUUGGACAAAGUGCUUCAAUUGGUCAAUGCAAUGUUGAAUAAUGAGGCUAUCAACGUGAAUGAGGAGCUUCAAGAGAUAGUGAAAGGCGAGUUGAACAAGGAAGGGAGAGGAGACGAACUAGACAAGCUUAUGGAAGAAAAAGCUAGGCUAAAGGCUGAAGCGAAAGCGAGAGAAGGGCGAAAAUUUCCAUUGCUAAUCUCUUCCCACCUAAGAACAAGGAAGUGGAGACAGGAUCUGCAGAGGGAAAUGAUGUUAAUGCUAAUGAGGCAGCUCCUGCUACUGCAGAAUCUGCAGCGGGUGAAGACCAACUCAUAG